AUGAGUAUCUCAGCCGUAAUAAUACUGCUAAGUACCCUGUGUCGUGUUGGCAAGGCUGACUGGCAGUUUCUGUGCCCCGACCUGUCCCCUCCAAAACUGAAUAUCACCGUCCCCGCCACCCCCGGGGCCGUCGAGUCGGGUUACAUCUUCAUCACGCCCAACCCAGGUUUUGAUGAUGAUAACGAGCACUACGGACCCCAACAGCCAGGCGCCUACAUCUUCCGCGAUGAUGGUGACCUCGUCUGGUCCGGUGUUGGGUAUUUCGCUGGCUGGUUCGCUAACUUUCGUCCGGGGGAAUGGACCAGAACCUAUAGCUAUGGCAAGCAGCAGCAGCAGCAGCAGGUAUUGUGGGCAUUCGAAGGCCAGCUCGACGCCCGCCACGGCCGGAUGUACGGGAAACACAUGAUCCUCAACGAGCGGUACGAGACGAUCAAGACUGUCGGGACGGCGUCGCACAGGCUUGCCUCUUGCCAUGAGUUUAACGUCUUGGACGGCGGAGAGUCUGUCUUGAUUGAGACACCGGUCGCGAUUCCGGCGGAUUUGUCACCCUGGGGAGGGGACGAGGGCCAGAAUUGGAUUGUGUCCAAGUUGGAUAUCGAGACGGGAGAAUUGCUGUUCGAAUGGUAUAGUUUUGACCAUGUGGAUCCGAAGUACAGCCUCUUCCCACUCAGUCCAGAAGGCCCCUUCAACGGCCGCGACUCAACCAACGCAUGGAAUUACUUCCACAUCAACAGCGUCGACAAAGACCCCGACGGAAACUAUCUGAUCUCCGCACGCAACUACGCCGCCAUUUUCAAGAUCAACGGCACGACAGGCGACAUCAUCUGGCAACUUGGCGGCGGCCAUGGCUCCAACUUCACGGUGCCGGCUGAUGUGCGCUUUGCGUUCCAGCACGAUGCUCGGCUGCUGUCUCGCUCGGAGGACGGCACCAUCGAGAGGAUUUCCUUCUUUGACAAUGCUGCCGGCGUUGGAUCGGAGCUCCGGAUCAGCCCGUUCUCCCGCGCCCGAAUCGUCGAGCUCAACCAUAGCGAUGGCACGGUUACAGAAGUCCGCACGUUCCCGGCUCCGGAUGGUCUGUCCGCUGGCUCCCAGGGCAACGCCCAGGUCCUGCCGAACGGCAACGUGUUUGUCAACUGGGGCCAGGCAGGAGCAGUGACGGAGUUUGACGGCGACGACGGGACCGUCCUUUUCCACGCGUACCUCGACUCUGAACCUGGCGGGAAGCUGGUGCAGAGCUACCGCGGCUUUCGCUUCAAUUGGACCGGACGGCCAAGUGAAGAGCCAGCCAAGCCAUUGUCGCGUUCAGGAAAAGAACCCAAGGAGGGAGGGUAG